CAUGGAAAUGCCCUUCAACAAAAGAUACAAACCAUUAAAAAUGGCUAACUUCAGUGCCAGUUACAGUACUUCUAGUUUCAUUUGUUACGGCCUUCUACUUCCCCUUCUUCUGUUAUCACUGUUCUUCUUUCAACUUUCAUGGUGUGGAUCCACGGUUAAGUUCCUUCCUGGAUUCGAGGGACCCCUUCCUUUUGUUCUUGAAACCGGAUAUGUGGGAGUGGGUGAAUCUGAGGAUGUGCAGGCAUUCUACUAUUUCAUGGAGUCAGAAAACAAUCCAAAGGAGGAUCCUCUCAUGCUUUGGCUCACUGGUGGCCCUGGUUGCUCGGCCCUCUCUGGCCUUGUCUUAGAAAUAGGUCCUCUUGGUUUUAAGCACGAGGAAUAUGAUGGAAUCCUCCCAAAUUUGUUCUAUAGGCAACACUCGUGGACUAAGGUGAGUAGCAUUAUAUUUGUAGACUUGCCAGUUUUCACUGGAUUCACUUAUGCCACAACAGAGUCUGCUGCUCAACGAAGUGACUGGAAACUUGUUCACCAGGUCCAUCAAUUUCUAAGGAAGUGGCUGAUAGAUCAUCCAACUUUUUUGUCAAACCAAGUUUACAUUGGUGGCGAUUCGUACUCUGGCAUUCCUAUUCCAGUGAUUGUUCAAGAAAUUUCACAAGCAAAUGAAAAGGGGGUACAACCAUGGAUAAAUCUCCAGGGAUACCUGUUAGGGAAUGCUGCUACUACUGGAAGUGAAUAUAAUUAUCGAAUUCCUUUUUCUCAUGGAAUGGGACUUAUUUCCGAUGAACUAUAUGAGUCACUACAAAAAAAUUGCAAAGGAGAGUACACAAAAGUAGACGUAAAAAAUGUAUUAUGUUCUAGAGAUAUGGAGUCAUUCAACGAGGUUUUAUCAGGAGUUAAUACUGUCCAUAUUUUGGAACCAUCAUGUGUGUGGCUUGAUACUGAAACAUCUUGGAGGAGAUCACUGAUUAAAAAAUAUCCCAGCACGAAUUUCCUAAAUACUCGUCUUAAAUUGCCAUCCUUGAGCUGUCGAAGUUAUGUAUACUUCCUCUGCGGUUUAUGGGCCAAUGAUGAAAAUGUUCGCACUGCAUUACAUAUCCGUCAGGGAAGUAUAGGAAAAUGGCAUCGUUGUACGUUUGAUAUACCUCACAAGAAGGAUAUCCCGAGCAGUUUUGAGUAUCAUGUAAAUCUCAGUAGAAUGGGCUAUCGUUCGCUCAUAUACAGUGGCGAUCAUGACCUUUCGGUUCCUUUCUUGGCAACUCAAGCAUGGGUCAAAUCUUUAAACUACUCCAUUGUGGAUGAUUGGAGACAAUGGUAUACAAAUGACCAAGUUGCAGGAUACACCAGGACUUACUCCAAUCGAAUGACAUUUGCAACUGUGAAGGGUGGAGGCCACACAGCUCCAGAGUACAAACCUGAAGAAUGCCUUGCCAUGUACAGUAGAUGGCUAUCUCACAGAGCUUUGUAAGAACAACCAAAUAAGGUUAUUUUUGGCAAAAACAAUUUCUUGCAAAACUUACUCAAAUACACGUUCAUAGUUGAUAACCACAUUUAAGAUUCUAUUCUAUGGAGAUGUGAGAAAGACAGGCUCAGGCUAUUCUACGUUACACGUGCUGAACUCAAAGAAAAUUGAUUAUUUGAAUACAUCUAAAUCUUUUACUUUCAUUUCA